ACAACCAUGAAUCGUUUCUAUUUUUCGUUUCUAACGCUGGCCACCUGCGUUUUGGCUGCUAGGAUCCCCCGGGACGCCAUGCCAGAGCCCGUGGCGGACGCGGCCCCCGACGCCCAGCGCAGUGAAAAGAAGCAGCAGGCCUACACCAGCAAGUUCGAAAACAUCGACCUGGACCAGAUCCUGAAGAGCGAUAGGCUGCUGAAAAAUUACGUCAAUUGUCUGAUGGACCGUGGCUCUUGCACCCCGGACGCAUCCGAACUCAAAAGACUUCUUCCUGAUGCAUUGGAGUCUGAGUGCUCCAAAUGCUCUGAAAAGCAACGUGCAGGUGCCGAGAAAGUGAUCAAACACAUCAUUGACAACAAGCCCGAACAGUGGAAAGAACUGGAGGCAAAGUACGACCCAAAGGGAAUCUACAAGCAAAAGUACAAGGCUCUGGCCGAGGAGAAGGGCUACAAAGUCGAAUAAUAUAACAGUUAAUUUGAGCAGUGUUGAGCAGAAAAUAAUAUAAUGCACCUUUUCCAAGCCUUUUCUGGCAAAUUUUAUUAAAUUUCAAUGGUUUGCUAUGCUAAAGUGUACAAUGAUAACAAUAUUAUCCCAUUGAAAUUCAACACAGGCUCGCACUUUAACUUAGUUUUAAUAAAUAAAACGAGAUAAAUGUAUAAAUUAAAAAAUAUAA